AUGGGGUGCUUGGGCAACAGCAAGACCGCAGAAGACCAGGGCGUCGAUGAAAAAGAACGCCGCGAGGCCAACAAAAAGAUCGAGAAGCAGUUGCAGAAAGAGCGCCUGGCUUACAAAGCGACUCACCGCCUACUGCUACUGGGGGCUGGCGAGUCUGGCAAAAGCACCAUCGUCAAACAAAUGAGGAUCCUGCAUGUCAACGGAUUCAAUCCCGAGGAGAAGAAACAGAAAAUUCUGGACAUCAGGAAAAAUGUCAAAGAUGCUAUUGUGACAAUUGUCUCAGCGAUGAGUACUAUCAUACCUCCAGUCCCACUGGCCAACCCUGAAAACCAAUUUCGAUCAGAUUAUAUCAAGAGCAUAGCCCCAAUCACUGACUUUGAAUAUUCUCAGGUAAGUCAGUUCUCCCUGAAAAUUUUUAAACAGGAAAAAAAAAUGGAACCACUUUUUAUGAAGUGGCUUAAAAUUGAGAAUCAGCAUUGA